AUGGUACCACACGACCUGUGUACCAUACAACCUGUGUACCACUUACCGGCAUACCAUACGCGUGAGUACCAUACGACCUGUGUACCAUACAACCUGUGUACCUACGACCAUGCGCUGCCAUACGACGUGAGUACUACGACCUGUGUACAUGCCGCCACGACCUGUGUACCAUACGACCUGUGUACCAUCGACCUGUAUUACAUAGAACCGUGUGCCAUACGACCUGGUAAUGCUUGCAUACGACCUGCCGACGCCGUGAUGCCAUACGACCUGUAUACCUACGACCUGUGUACCAUACAACCACCAUGUACCCCCAUUACGCCUUGUGCUACCACGACCACCAAUAUUGCCGCCACAACCUGUGUACCAUACGACCUGUGUACCAUACGUGAGCCACACGCCGACCACCAUAUUGCGCCACCUGACCUGUGUACCGCCCACGACCUGUGUACCAUACGACCUGUGUACCGCCCGACCUGCUGUACCAUACGACCUGUGUACCAUACGACCUGUGUACCAUACGACCUGUGUACCACGCCACGACCUGUACCUACGACCUGUGUACCCAUACCAUGCCCACGACUUACGCACCGCCGACCUACCAUGUACCACCCGACCUGUACCAUACAACCUGUGUACCAUACAACCUGUGCUGCCAUACAACCUGUGUACCAUACGACCUUAGUGACGCCGCGUUGCCAUUGA